CCGGAAGUGUUCCCUGCGCGUUGCCAUGGCCGUCUUUCAUUCCGCUGCGCUCGUGAGCCUGUCGCUGGCCAACUUUGUUUACGUCUCGUGGAGCGCGGCCGAGUUCGUGGCGUUUAUAUCCUUGCGGCAGAUUUACCGGGAGAGCGGGAGGCCAGGACCGGCAGAUGUACGCGUGCAUGUGGAAUGGCAGUCCACCUUCAGAGACAGGCAGGUCCUGCAGGCUCUCCUCUCCAAUCUGGCACUACUCGCAUUCUUCAUUCUGCAGCACAGCGUCAUGGCAACAGAGAGAGUGAGGAAAUGGACAGUAGCCUGCUUUGGGGUCCUCCAGCGGUCUGUCUAUGUGUUCUGCACGGCAGCCUCUCUCCAGCUGCUGAUGCACUACUGGCAACCUAUCCAUGCUGCCCCCUUCCUGUGGAGCGUAUCCAGAGAGCCCUGGGUUACCUGCUUUCCAUUGAUCUGUUUCAUCAUUCACGUCAUCGCCUGGCUGAUCAUCUUCAGCAUUGUCCUGAUCUUCGACUACGCUGAGCUCAUGGGUCUCAAACAGGUUUAUUACUGCUGUCUCUCUCUUGGAGACCCCAUGGUGCUAAAAUCGCAGAAGGCCCAGCGUUUGUAUUGCCACCUGCGGCACCCAGUCUUCCUGGAGUUCCUGGUCAUCUUGUGGUUGCUGCCCAGCUUGUCCCUCGACCGCCUGCUGCUGUCCACCACCUUCACCCUCUACAUGAUCUGCGGCCACAGCCUGGACCAGCAGGACUAUCGCUACCUGCGCUCACAGCUCAACAAGAAGUUUGAGAUCUUCUCCCGGGAGGAGAGCGCCUACAGCCACCUAGCGGCCCGCAACGGCGUCAGAGAGCCCACCGAGCACCGGGAGUAGCCGCCGAGCACCAGGAGUAGCCACCGAGCCUGGCACUCAGCUGAGCAGCUUCCAGAUCGCUUUGCAGCUGCACGGUAGCUCAUAACCACACAAUGCCAUGGGCUGAACUUUAACUUUGGCUGCAGAUAAACGUGUUUCUCUUUAGAAGAACUUAAGAAGUAUUUCAAGUUUGCUAAAGUGGUCGGCAUUGGAGACGCGCACACUUUCCUCCUCCGCUGUCACCCAGGAUCCGGUCACACUUGGGCAUCACGCAGGUCAGAUGCGGUGGGAGGCUCCAUUUAUUCUGCCCCAACAAAGUGCCUUUGCCCCAACCUCAGAGGAGCCCCACCAGCAGCCCCCACCCCCCCCCACCACCACAACCCCGAGCUUCCACCCCCAAUACUGCACCACUGUAUCACUCUCCCCUGCCACACUGCGGACUGCCUUCAGUGAAAUUGGCAAAUCCAUACCAAUCGACGUUUUAAGGGUAGUUCCCUACCUCACCAAUGCCUCACUUUCCAUUUCGAACACUUCCAAAAUGUCAUGUUCCAUUGCCGGCUAUCCUGCAGGCGUCUCACGAGCGUCAAGGGCCACACUUGGGCAAUAUUUGUCGUAAAGCCUACUAGGAACAGCAUUACAACGCCCUGAACAAAUUACACACAAGAGUCCUGAUGGCUAGUCAGGUUUCAUCCCUUCCAAAUGAGGCAAUUUUAAAUAGGAAUGUUUUCACAGAAUAGACAUUUGGAGUAUCUGGGUCAGGGACCUCGUCAGGGAUUCUGGUGAUUUAGAACAGAUGUAACUAGUAAGGGAUAGCUGUCUGCCAAUUCUACCCGGGUAGGAAGCCUGUCUUUAACCAGAGCAGUAGGUGAAGGUCAUCCAGUGACGGCUGCGGUGAAUGACAAAUCCCAGUGAUGGAAGGGAGCAGUAUACGGACAAUUUAGUUCCACUCAAAGUGGCAUAAAAUUGUGUGUUUGAAAUUCUGACAUAAUUUCUUUUCAAAAGUUUAUAAGAGAAAAACUUAUGUUUGGAAAAAUAAAUGAUUGCUUUGGGAUAGUA